AUGCGCGCCCUGCACCAGAACAAGUACGGAGACCUAUGCACCUAUCAAGUCGGCGACGUCCCCGUCCCCACCCCAGGGUCAUCCGAAGUCCUGAUCCGCGUCCACGCGGCCUCGAUCAACCCCGUCGACCUCAAGCGCUCGUCCCUUGGCAUUGACGACAAAGAAACCUUCCCCGUCGUCACGGGCUACGACGUCGCGGGCCUUGUCGAAUCCGUCGGUGACGGAGUCCAAGGUUUCGCCAAGGGCGAUCGCGUCUUUGGAAACGUGCAGGCAGACACGCUUGGGCCCAAGACCACCGGAACCGUGGCCGAGUUCUGCCUGGCAAGGCACGACUUGCUUGCGCGCGUCCCCGAUUCCGUCAGCAUGGUUGACGCCGCCGCGUUGCCGCUGGUUGGCCAGACAGCCAUCCAGGCCUUUGAAAUGGCAUCGGUGAAAGCCGGUGAGAAGGUGUUUAUUUCGGCUGGUGCCGGCGGUGUAGGAAUUCACGCGAUGCAGAUUGCCAAGAAUAUGUUUGGCGUGAGCGAGGUGGCCACCACGGCAUCGGCGGCGAAGAGGGACUUUGUGGUCAAGUAUGGCGCGGACAAGGUGGUGGAUUACAAGACUGAGGAUGCGGGUGCGGUGCUGGCGGGGUGGGCCGACAUGGUUUUGGAUGCCACGCAGGAGAGUGAAAUGGAGAAGCGGGUGCUCAAGGAGGGUGGGAAACUAGUUAGCAUUGUAGAUACCGGGAAGGAGGGUGUGUCAUUCUUGCUGGUGACUCCGAGGAAGAAGGACUUGGACAAGAUAGCAGAGGCGAUGAAGGAUGGGAAGCUCAAGGCUGUUGUGGAUAGUGUGUAUUCGCUUGAGGACGGUGUGAAGGCGAUGAAGCAUGUGUUGGACGGGAGAGCGAAGGGGAAGGUUGUCGUGCAGGUCUGCAAAUGAUUAAUUGGUUGCGGUUGUUAGACACCAGGAGAAGAUGUGAAUUCAGUAUGGGUAUGAUUGGAUGAAUUGGAAUUGGCCAGCACUGUUCCGUCCAGUAAUAGAGUACGCCCUUGAUUUUGGUCAUUCUACAGUAUUGCAACCAAUUGAAAGUGACUUGCCAUGGCA